AUGCCUGUUACAGCUAUCGAAUCAUACCAACAGUUCCAGGAGCUUAUCACCGGUGAUAAGCCUGUUUUAAUUGAUUUCUGGGCAACAUGGUGUGGACCUUGCAGAGCAAUCUCCCCUGUUUUUGAGGAAAUGUCAAACGCCGAGGGCUUUGAUAAUGUCGGGUUUUAUAAAGUUGAUGUCGAUGCACAAGAACAAAUUGCCCAAGAAGUUGGUAUUAGAGCAAUGCCUACUUUCAUGCUCUUUCGCAAUGGUGCCAAAGUUGGCGAUCUGGUUGGAGCUAAUAGCCAAGGAUUGACAGAGCUUGUUAAAAAGGCAACUGCUCUCCCCUAA